ACAGUGUAUUAUCAUCAGCCACCACCCAAACCCUGCUUCACACUCCCCGCGCCCGCGCCCGCGCCCGCGGCCGCGCAACCCCAACCCCCACUCCGACAACAACACCCACAAAUAAACCCUCAUUUCUUCGUUAACCAAAAAAUCCGAAUAUCUCAUCAGAAAAAAGUUCACCUCUUCUACUCACCGCCAUGGCUGAUGUUCAAAUAUCUCACUCAGAGAAAAAGAAGAAGAAAAACAAAAGCAAAGAAUCCGACCCAAUUGAAAAACUCACUGACCCGACGCAGAAUACCAAUGAAAUGGAUGCAGCUAUUGAUUUCUUGAUCAAGCCACAAAGUUAUACUCCCUCUAUUGAUACUUCUCAGUGGCCAAUCCUUUUGAAGAAUUACGAUAAGUUAAAUGUACGCACUGGGCACUAUGUUCCUAUUCCCUCCGGUUACUCCCCUUUGAAACGCCCUUUACCCGAGUAUAUUAAGUAUGGGGUGAUGAAUUUGGAUAAGCCCGCUAAUCCGUCGUCCCAUGAAGUUGUGGCAUGGAUUAAACGUAUUUUGCGGGUUGAGAAAACGGGUCAUUCGGGCACACUUGAUCCGAAGGUUACUGGGAACUUGAUUGUGUGUAUUGAUAGGGCUACGCGUUUGGUUAAAUCCCAGCAGGGUGCUGGGAAGGAGUACGUGUGUAUUGCUAGGUUGCAUUCGAAGGUGCCCGAUGUGGCAAAAGUGGCUCGGGCACUGGAGACACUGACGGGGGCGGUUUUUCAACGGCCUCCUUUGAUUUCUGCUGUGAAAAGGCAGCUGAGGAUUAGGACUAUUUAUGAGAGUAAGUUGCUUGAGUACGAUGUGGAUAAGCAUUUGGUUGUGUUUUGGAUAUCCUGUGAGGCGGGCACUUAUGUGAGGACUCUGUGUGUGCAUUUGGGUCUUUUAUUGGGUGUGGGAGGGCAUAUGCAGGAGCUGAGGAGAGUGAGAUCGGGUAUUAUGGGGGAGAAGGAUAAUAUGGUGACGAUGCAUGAUGUGAUGGAUGCACAGUGGGUUUAUGAUAAUUAUAGAGAUGAGAGUUAUUUGAGGAGGGUGAUUAUGCCGUUGGAGGUUCUUUUGACUAGUUAUAAAAGGCUGGUUGUGAAGGACAGUGCAGUGAAUGCCUUAUGUUAUGGCGCGAAGUUGAUGAUCCCAGGGUUGCUGAGGUUUGAGAAUGAUAUUGAGGUUGGCGGGGAAGUGGUGUUGAUGACGACUAAAGGAGAGGCAAUUGCAUUGGGGAUUGCAGAGAUGACAACUGCAGUGAUGGCCACUUGUGAUCAUGGAGUUGUCGCCAGGAUUAAGAGGGUAGUGAUGGAUAGGGAUACGUACCCGAGGAAGUGGGGGUUGGGGCCAAAGGCAUCAAUGAAAAAGAAGUUGAUUGCUGAGGGGAAGUUGGAUAAACGUGGGAAACCAAAUGAGAAUACCCCAGCCGAGUGGUUGAGGAAUGUGGUUUUGCCUACUGGAGGUGACUCUAUGGUUGCUUGCCUUGCUGCGGAGUCCCAGCUGGCUACUGAUGAACUGAAGGUGGAUAGUGCUGUUAUUGAAGGUGAGAAGAAGAAGAAGAAGAAACAUAAAGAAAUUGAUGGAGACGAGGGGUGGAAGCGCAAGCUAGAUGAGAUUGGUGGUAGCCCUGCGCUGGAUGCAGCUGCCAAGAAAGCAAAGAUGUCCUCAGAAGUCAAGGAUGAGACUGUGGAAGUGGACAUCGGGAAGGAAGAGAAGAAAAAGAAAAAGAAAAAGAAGAAAGAAGGGGUCGACAUAGGUGUAUCUCCUGAUGGUGAAAAAGCAAAGAUGGAUAAGAAGAAGAAGGAUAAAGUGAAGGAAGAUGUGGCGGCAUCAGACGAGGAGAAGUCUGAGAAAAAGAAGAAAAAGAAGAAGCACAUGGAUGCAGAGAAUGGUGACUCCUCAGUUUUACCUGCGGCUCAUCAUGAAGCAAAUAAAAGUGAAAAGAAGAAAAAGAAGCACAAAGAUGCAGAGCAUUAGAUUUAAGUGCCCAAGUCUCGGUUUCGCCCAAGGAAUGGCAUUGUUGUGCGCGACUAUAUAUCAUCUGCAUUAGAGCGUGUGUUCUAUCCUUUGACUGAUAAUUUAGCUCCAUUGCUCACCAACCUUGAGCUCUGAACAAUCGACCCAUUACAUUUGUACGGUAGCUCUAGCAUGUUUUGCUGGUUAGUAACUUAACGGCUGCAAUGUUUUUCCUUAUAUAAAUUGCGAGAAACUUAGUUUUGGUUUUCAUAUAACUCUUCAUUCUAUUAUUUACCAAAUCUUUUUAGCACAUGCAUUUAGAAUAGUAAAUUCCUGAAAAGUACAUGCUGAUGAACUGAUUCCAAAUUUCUUAGGAACAAUGCUUAUUAUUUUUGUUGUA